GCGGGAUGUGGUGGUUUUGUAAUAGUUUAUUUGUUAUUAUUUUUUUAAUAUAAGUAUGUAUUUGUAAUAACCAACAGAAAUAAAAAUUAAGAGUAACAUAUAAACUAAUUAGAAUUUAAAUUGUAUUUAUUCUGUGUUGUUAAAAAUGUUGCAAAUUCCUGAUAAUGUUCGACAAGAUCUAGUGAGGUUGGUACCGGCUUCUAUAAUUAAUGAUAUUGCCUGUUUUGUAUAUUAUGAUAACCAUCCUAGAGAUGAUAAUCGUAUUGAUGUAAUAAUUUGUACAAAUUCUGGUGAAAUAAAAGAAUUAUACCAACGAGAAAUAAUUAAAGAAGCAUUUUUCAAUUGCAAAUCAAAACCUACGGAAAUCAAAAUACUCAGAAACAACGCUUGUGAAAUAUACUAUUUAGUAGCAGUUGAUGAUAGUGUGAUAAUUUUCAAAAGAAGCAAUUGUUUGGUUGUUCACCGGAUAGUGAAUAAUGUCGAGCGAUACGAUAUAGAGGAUUCAACUUGCUUAGGCCAAGCAAGUUUAAAAAUUAUUUGUAAAGAUGAUGCUGUGCCUAUGAUCUUUGAUGACAAGUUUGAAAGUCUUGGUGAUCGAGCUUUAUUGCUCUCAAGCAUACAUGCUGAAGAGACUUUGCCUAUCAUAACUGAACUGAACCGGAAAUUAAUUGAAACUAAAUAUAUUGUAAAAUGUAAUGAAAAUGUACACACAGAACUACUAAAUUUACGCCAAUUAACCGCAUUAAUGAUGUAUCAAAAAAUUAACCCAAAUUUGGAUGAAUCUGUAUUCAAGAGCGGGUCUAAAGAUAUGGCAGGUGCAUUUAAGAUUAAAACAUGUACACCAUGGAUUAAAAUGUGUAAUAAGAAUAUUAUCAUUAUAUUUGAAAUUAUAAAUAACAAUGAAGAACUUAUGGAAAAUGUGCAUAUUCUGCUACAUUCUACAAGUAGACCAUCUCUUGUUUAUACCACAAAAUUAUUUGAAAGAAUAAAUUAUGAACCAUUUUGGUUGGAAAGUAAAAUGCAAAUUGUUAAAACUAAUAAGGAGUUUGCAGUUGUUGCUGUAAUAGAUGUAAAGGAAAUCAAGGAUAAUGAUACAAGUCGUAUCGACAUCAGUGGUGCGAUGGUGUAUAAGAGAGAAGGAAAGGAACAUAUCCUGCCUUUUGACUGUGUCUCUAUAUCUGCCUUGGAUGCCAUGGGAGAACAGUUUGAUGUUCUUUCUAGUCAUACUCUAGACUACUAUGCUGUAUUAUCAAUAUUGUCAACAACACAAAAAUUUGAUUUAAUAUUGCGUUACAUUAAGGCAGAUGAAGAACCAGAAUUGAGUAUGCCAGAUACAUUUUGUGCAUUCCUGGGCAUGGAGCAAAUACAAAAUGCAUCAAAUGUUAUUGUACAUAGAAGUUCUCCAUACCAUAUCCUCAAUAGUGUUAUGGUUGUUUUUCCAACUGAAAAGAAGUGUAUACAGCAAUAUGGUUAUGAUUUCACAGUUUAUGCAAGGUCACCUGAUCAAAUAAUAUCUCUUAUACAUUUUAUCCAUGAUGCAAUACCCUACAAAAUCAUAAUAACUACUCAUGAACACAGAAUAAUUGCUAAAACUGAUGAGUUGGCUAAGUAUAACGAGGCAUUAUUUGUUAAAGAUUCCCAAAAAUCGGGUUACAUGGAAUAUGCUUCUGCUAUGUUGAAUCAAACUAGUCUGUUGUUAGAACAUCUUGAUGGUUGUAUGGUAAAAAUGAAUGAAACCAAAAUACCAGAAGUACAACAGAAGAUUGGAAAGGAAAUUGAUGUUUUAGCUAUGGGUACCUCCAAUUUUCUAGAGUUAAGAAAAAAUAUGCUAGAAGAAGAGAACAGGGGAAUAGGGCAUUUAAGGAAUCGUGCUAAGUCUGUUUCAGAUUCUGAUUCUGAAGAUAUGGCAGUUGAUUUAAGUCAUUAAUUAAGAAUAUGUGAUUAUUAGACUCAUAUGUAAAUGGCUAAUUCAACACGUAGAUUACAGGGUAAAGAGGCAUAAAAUCUUAGUUCUCCAGAAUGGCAACGCAAGACUGGUAUUAUGGACGUCUUAGGAUG